AUGGCCAAGCUAGGCUUCAGACAGGCCAUGAAGCGCCUUGGUCCUGCCAAAAGCCCCAUAGUUACCGAUCCUAUACACAUCACUGACCCCCCUAUCUGCGCAGAGGCGCCACAAGUCCAUCUCCCGCAUGUGGACACACAAUUGAACAUGCACCAGCAUCCCGAUCUCGAAGAAGCGGUCACCGACGCUCAGACCCAGAACGGUACUUGUCCUCCCACUGCCGACGCGCGCCCCAUCUCACAUUCCUCAGGGGACUCCCACACCCAACGUCCGGUCCCAUCCGGCGAUACCAAUGGCGAAGUCCCAACGGCAGAGUGGUCGGCGGUCGGCCACGCAGCAACCGGAAAGUCAGGGCGCGUCAUCCAUAACCUGCAGGAGGAGAUCGCCCGACUGACGCGUGAAUGCACGCUACAAAAGUCCCGCGCAGAGGAAUACCUGCGGACCAACGAGGCCUACAAGAUCCAACAAUACAACAUGAAUGAACGGCUCCGCAACCUUGAGCAGGUGAACGACACAAAUCUCAACUCGAUCGCGCGCAAGGACCGCAAGCUGGAGGAGCUUCGGGCUGAGCUCCAGCACGAGCGCAAUAGGCGUCAAGAUGCCGAAAAGGACGCCAGCCAAACGAAUCACACCAUGUUUGAACAGCGAGAGACGCAUAAUCGGGAGCUGGCUCGAGCACAGGAGAUUGCCAAGCACCAUGAAACACAAUAUGAAGUCUUGUCCAGCACGAAUAAACGGGACAAGGCGGACUUUGCAAAGCGUAUCACUGCAAUCUGGACUGAGGUUGAGAAAAUCACCGGUGCUCAAACAACCCAUAUACACUCCACGGAGAGGCUUGAGGUUCUGGCAGAUCAGAAAAACCGCGAGGUCGAUCUGCUGAAGGAGUCAUAUGAAAAGCUACUUGCCAAGCACACUGAGUAUAAGGACAUGAAAGAGAAAGACUUCCGGGAUACAAUCAAUGCAGCCAAAGCAAACAACGCCGCCAUCAACCAGACUCUUGCCAACGUGAAGGAGACAGAAACCGAGAUGAAAUGGGUUAUGCGCCUUGACGCCAGUCGUGAGGGCCAAAAAUGA